AAACAAAAAAAAGAAAAGUUAAAGUGAAAAAACAUUUUCAUUUUUCACAAAACCCUAAUCCAUCGCAUUUCUACACCUUUCAUAAAUCUAAGGUUAUCUUUUCUCUAUCACACUUUCCCGGAAAAUUCACUCAGAAAAUUCUCAACUCCAUUUUCUCGCUUCACUCUUACGAAUUAACAAUGGCGGAUGACGGUGUUUCAAACGGUGUUGUUGAUGAUCAGUAUGAGGAUCAAUCGGUGACGAAGAUCUCGGCGUUGGAGAAGGAGAGAGAUGAAUUGGUGCAAGAGAAUAACGAGAAGAAGGAGGAAAUCAAGAAGUUGACGCUGGAGAUGGAAGAACUGAGGAGUAAGGGUGAGGAGAUGAGGGAGAAGAUUGAAGAGAUGCGUGAUGUGGUUGAGAAGUCUCAGGAUUCGGCGAAGGCGGCUGAGGUUAUCGCGGCUAGGGCGGCGGAUCUUGAGACGCAGAUUGCGAGGAUGCAGCAUGAUAUGAUCACAGAUAUGAGUGCUGGGGAGGAGAUGAAGAAGGAGGCUGAGGGUUUGAAGGAGGUUUUGAAGGACAAGGAGGGUAGGGUCGAGGAGUUGGUGAAGGAAGUGGAAGGGUUGAAGAAGGUGAAAGCGGAGAGUGAGGCGAGGGUGAAGGAUUUGGAGAAAAGAAUUGGUGUACUUGAGAUGAAGGAAAUUGAGGAGAGGAAUAAGAGGAUUAGGGUUGAGGAGGAACUGAGGGAUACAAUUGGUGAGAAGGAUAGGGAAAUUGAUGGUUUUAGAAACAAGGUUGAGGAAUUGGAAAAGGUUGGUGCUGAGAAGAAAGAUGAGGCUGGGGAUUGGUUGAAUGAGAAACUGAGUUAUGAGAAGGCACUUAGAGAAUCUGAGGAGAAAGCAAAGGGUUUUGAAUCACAAAUUGUUCAAUUGCUUGAGGAAGUUGGGGAGUCUGGGAAGAUGAUCAAGUCACUGAAUGAAAAAGCUGCUGAGAUUGUCGGUAGAGAGAUAAAUGGGAUACAUGGUGAAGAGAAGGAUUUUAAGUUGCAGUGGCCGAUUGUAGCAGCGGGAGCAGGAACUACGGUAGCAGUUUUUGGUGCAGCUGCGUUGAUCUAUGUGUACUGCGCCAAACGGAGGUGAUUUUUCUGUGAUGUGGGAAUACGAAUGGGAGGGUGUAGAGGUUAGAUUACAAGUCUUUUUACUCACAAAUAUGCUUCAAUUUUGUUAGUCAUGAAAUAAUGAUGCUUCUAUGGCUUUUGUUUUUGAAGCCUUUUUGAUAUAUGUCAAAGUUGGCAUACUGGUUUGGUUGUUGGUUGCUUGUUGAGGAUUAAAACUAUUGUGUGUUAAGAGCAAUGCUCUGAUUAACUGCAGUUACUAGGUUUAUGCUGUAGUGAUUACAAGUCUAUUAUAGUUGCUUAAUAGAAUGUAAAAUUGAAAUUGAUGUCUUUGUUUAUAGCUUGUUUGGAAUUUGGAUUCACAUU